AUGGAAGAGCCAGGGCCACGCUACGUCCACCUGCGACGAAGCUCCAUUGGCACCGUGACCGUCCCCCCUCACAUCGAGGAGAACCAACCUGGACGCGAACUCGCUCAGAUGUGGACUGGACACCCGAAGGUGGAUCGAACGCUGUUUAUCCUGGACCGACGAGCUGAACAACGGCUGCGGGAAGUGAAGGCAGUCGGCACGCAGAAGAACGUACCCAUGCUCAGAGGAGUUGCCCGCUCAAUGAAGAACUAUGGAACUCGACUUGGGCCUGAGCCCUUCGGGGACUCGUUUCGUGCAAAGUACCUGAACUCUCAGAAGAAGUUUCCUGUGUCCACUGCCCCUCCGUCGCUAAUGGACAAGAUGGUCGAUUAG